CGGAUAUUCCGUUUUUGGUACUUCUUUUUAUUUCGGUCUUUCUUGUUCAUAUAUUGUUUUCAUUUAUUUAUUAAAACUACGGUUCGCUCUUUCUUUCUUUAUUCUAUACUGUGGAAAACUUUGGUAUGAUGAAUUUUGCUGAUUUUGACGCACUGUCAAGCACGGACUCAGUUUCGAAGCCUUACGACUCCUCCACCGAGACUGGCGAAAUAACCUUCAGACCUGUAUAUCGGGACCACGUUGAUGAUGCGGAAGAUUUGGCCCGUCUAGGAUACAAGCAAUCGUUCCACAGAGGUCUCUCGCUGUUUGGCGUUUUCAGUGUUUCCUUCUCCGUAUUGGGUUUGCUUCCUUCGGUUGCUGCUACGCUCAAUUUCUCUAUGCUUGCAGGUACACCGGGAAUGCUAUGGGGUUGGUUGAUUGCCUUGGUAUUUGUCUUAUGUGUCGCUGCAAGCAUGGCCGAAUUAUGUUCUAGUAUGCCAACAUCUGGAGGGUUGUACUACUCGGCUAAAGUGCUUGCUCCCAAAGGAUGGGGUCCUUUGGCUGCUUGGAUUACUGGUUGGUCCAACUACAUAGCACAGCUUACCUUUUUUGCAAGUUGUGUCUAUAGUUUAUCCAGCUUGUUGAUCUAUGCUGCUGACCAAUUCGAUGGUAAAGAUUUUGUUAUCAAACACUAUCACAUAUACUUUCUUUGCUUGGCUUUUAUCGUGGUGCUUGCAAUUAUGGCUUCUUUACCUACCAGAAUAAUGGGAAAAAUAAACUCGGUUUUCACGUUUUUGAAUAUACUGUCCCUCCUUGCUGCUAUCAUUAUCAUUUUGGUCAGUGCCUCCAUGCGCCAGGGUUUCAACAACUCCUACAAAGUAUGGAACCAUUUUCAGAAUGAGACCCAGUGGCCCCAGGGGUUUGCCAUGUUUAUGUCAUUUUGUGGUGUUAUCUGGUCCAUGGUGGGAUUGGAUACUUCUUAUCAUCUGGUUGAGGAAUGUGCUAGUGCCUCUGUAAAUGCACCUAACGGUAUUAUGCUUACUGCCUUAGUUGGUGGAUUCUCUGGCUGGAUCAUCCAUGUGGUUAUUGCAUACACAGUUGUUGAUUAUUCGAGGGUUGUAAAGGCACAUAACUUGUGGGUUGAGUAUCUGACGCAAGUUCUUAGUCAUGAUGGCGCUAAAGCAGUCAUAGCUCUUACGGUAUUCUCAAACUUUCUCAUGGCACAGGGUGUUUUAAUUACCUCCUCUAGAAUUGCUUAUUCUUAUGCUCGUGACGGUGUUCUCCCUUUCUCCAAGUGGAUCGCACAAAUAAAUAAGCGAACGACAACACCUGUUAAUGCGGUCAUUGUGAACAGCUCCAUUGCGCUUGUCAUUCUUUUGUUCCUGUUUGUCGGACAGUGUGCGAUAGACGCUAUUUUUGCCGUUUCUGGAAUUGCGGCAUUUGUUGCAUUCAUCAUUCCGAUCGGUCUUCGUUCAUUCGUCGUAAAGGAUAGCAAGUUCUGUCGUGGGGCCUGGAAUCUAGGUCGAUAUUCUCGGUUCAUUGGUGGAGCGGGUACCAUUUUCGUGCUGAUUAUGAUUCCUAUUUUGUGUUUUCCUACUGUGGUGCAUCCUAGUGCGUAUGACAUGAACUGGACAAGUCUUGGAUAUAGUGUGCCAAUGGCGGUAGUCGUUCUGUGGUUUGCUCUGGAAGCAAAAGACUGGUUCAAAGGGCCAAAGACGGACAUGCCUGGAUUGGAUCUUCCACGUAUGUCCAGUUUUAAAGGCAACACACUCCAUCCUCAGUUUUCCGGUCAAUCUUUAGGAAAAGAUUGAACGUCAAAGCACAUGCAAGAAAAAAAUGUCAUUACUGCCGUACCCAUUUCUUUUUUAAGAUAUUAAAUUAACUAUUUAUUUCGUUCUCACACCUUAGCUAACGGUAUCGCUUUUGUUCAGAUCCAACGGUGCAUUAUGACUGCUCUGUAGACAAAGUAUGUCAAAGUUCGUACAAUUAUUAAGCGUGAUUCAAUAAUAUUUCCUUAAUUAGUAGCACAAGA